UGGCAUCAGCGGGAAAUGUGGAAAGUGAAGACAAGUGCCAAAAGUGAAGUUGUGUAACAAGUGAAACAAGAAAUAAUUAAAACGCCUAAUUUUGAUCCAAAGGCAAUUAAAUGAACUAAUAAUUAACUAACGCUAAAAAAAUAAAUUCGCACGUUUGAAGCCCAGUUCCAACGCCAUGUUCGCUAAAAUGCCUCUACGCUUUAGUUUUAACAUUUUUGACCUAGCCCUAUUGUUGGUUCUUUUAAUUUCCUCGGUGAAUUCGCAAGUUGACACAGAAUCGCGUUUGGCGGCAACCAACGCAAACAAUGACUCCACAGCCGGUACUGACAGCAAAUGUGGUGAUACUCAACGCAUGGUCGACGAGUGUUUUAAGGAUUUGCCCCCACAUCUAAUGGAAUUUCUGCAAACCACAAAGAUUGCCAUAAAUGAGCGCGACAUCGCAUCCAAGUGCACCGUCUUUAAUAGAGGCAUGAAAUGCUUCGACGAAUACACCGCUCGUUGUCUAAAUAAUAAAACACUGGAUCUGUUUAAGAAUAACGUGGAGGGAGCUCGAAGAUUUUUCAUGCGUUUCUGCAGUGAUCGUGAAUUUCAAAAGGAUUAUUUACAGCACAAGGACUGCUUCAGUUAUAUACAAGAUGACUGGAUGCGUUGUACACGCAAUUUCCAGGAAAUACUGACCGAAGAGCUGCAUGGCGAGCAAACAAAUGUCACUAAAAAGUUCAUGGAGUUUUGCUGCGCUCGUCAUGCCUAUGAAAAUUGUAUCUACAACAGUGCUCGCUACAAAUGCUACAAGAAUUCGGCUAAAUUUGCACGCGACACAGCUAAAACGUUAUCGGAUGAGAAGCACUUCACCAACUGUCGUCAAUAUGAGAAUGCGCUCUGUAGUGUGGGCCACGCGACGUCCCUGUAUGGCAGUGGUGGUGAAGCUAUUCUCUGCUGGACGCAAUUGCUUUUGGCGUGGUUACCCGCUGUGAUGUUUACAAGUGCGAACACAGGGCGACGACAUGCAUAAAUGACACAGUGUAACAAAUUUGAACUUUUUUUUGUAUCACACAUCAAAAAAUCGAUAUGUAUUUGUUAUUAGGGGUGAAUUGUAGUAUAUCUGAGUUUUUUCUUAGCUCUCAUCAGUAUAGCGGAUUUUUUUUGUCGUCUUCCAGGUAAAAAAAAAAAAAUUUGUUUCUUCAUUUACACCCAGGAUUUGAGAAAUUAUUAUGAGUCUAUAGUAAGCGACGAUUUCACCGCGAAAUAAGAGGAUUAGGGUUCCCCUUCUUCCCUUUGCUUCUGGAAAGAUGGACCAAGCAUCAACUCAGCUAGGUUGGUGUGUAAACGUGCAAAGUCGGGAGACCCUUCGGCUUACGGGUACUUCGGAGGCACUCGAGGAAACUUCUGAGGCAAACAAAGCUGCAACUCUCAAAUUUUGUGGCCAUCCUUACUGGACAGUGUCCGUUAGGUAUCCGUGCGGUGAUAUUUAGGAACAAUAUUGGUUUUUGGAAAAAAAACAGGGAAUGAGUCUAAAAUCUUACUAGUUCCAAAUUGGUCUUACUAAACUCUUUCAGUUGAAGUUCUAUAUCUCCGUCAGGUUUCUUCUGAUUGGCUUGAAAUUUUGACAUACUAUUAAGAAAUCAUUAAACUUAAGAAAAUCCAAAAACAAAUAAUAUUGGUUUUUGGAAAAAAAUUUGUGAAAUGUUCCCAAAAUUUUACUAGUGCCAAAUUGCCCUUACUAAAUUAUUUGCAUUCAUUACUUUUCUGCAACCUUUCUAGAUUUUUGAAAGAGUCUUAGCUGGUUAUCGAGAGAAAGAAAAUGUAGCUUGCAUCUAAGUCAGGCGAAAGCCGAACAGCGGCAGAGAAAAGGCUCUGUAUGUACUAUCUUCAACCUCCAAACCAGCUGGAACAUUGACAGUGAAUCAUCGAUGAGUGUGGCUAUGGUGACCACAUACCGUCCAUAUGGAUUGUGUCCCGUAAAUAGUUUUAUCAGAACUCGUUGCUAAUUCCUUCUCUGUGUGAGAGCGAAUUUUGUUGCCAAUAUUUCAAGAUUCAUAAUAAUUUUUGAAGUCCUGAAUCCUAACUGGAGUAGUGAAAUCGUAAAAAACGAAUUGAGGAAACUAAAAAUGCAGAGCUCCAAUAUUGAAAACAAAUCGAUUUUCUCAUAUGUGACAAGCACUGUUGUUGCACAGUGUAAUCAAUGCUGAGCUAAUGCUUAGCUUUUAGUACCUAAAUAUGUGUGUGUGUUGUUUUGAAAAUAUGUGUGCCGUCCUUUUGUGUGUUGGCCUUUCAUGUGGAACUGUUGCUACAGGGGGAGCAUUAAGCGCGUAUGUACAUACAUAUACACGUACAUGUGCGUAGUUAGGCGCAUAAGGUUGCACGUCUAAACAAACUCGAAUUACCUUUACUGGAUACGCUAAUACUUUGCAAUAUAUGUAUGUUGGAUGUUCAUGGACGAUGUUAGCAAUAGUGUACGGUUUGUUAGAAAAAAAAAAAAUAAGUGAGACCGAAUUUCAUGUAGCCAAAGUUGAGCUUUUUGGUUUAACAACUUCGUUAGAGAGCACAUUUUCCAUUAUGUAUGAGCUUGUUUGUUCUUAAGUGAUUGUUAGAUGUGCUGCUGCUAUGCCUAAGCAUAAGCAAGCUCUUUGUCACAAAUUUACAUUUCCAUAUCUCCAACCCUGAAUACGAGCUGUGGUGCCACCACAAGUGCCAAGGCCUCAUGUUUUCAAUUUCUUUUCUUGUUUUUGUUUUAGAGUGAAAUGGACGAGUUGAAGGAAACAAACUGAAUUUACAAAACAUAUUUGCUGUUAUUACUAUUGAUAUUUUUAUAAUAGUCUUUGUAAAUAUUUACACCUUCUUACCAACAACAAUCAGGCUGUCGCAAAAAUUGCUGGUAUAAGAAAGAUAAUAAAAUUAUUGAACGCAACGACAUCUCUUCAAUUAAAUGUUAUAAAUACAAAAAAAAGCAACAACUUAAAAACAAAUAAUGAUAAAAAGUAUACCAAGACUUAAUUGUAUGUAUGUAUAACUAAUACAAAAUCAACCAUUCUGUUUAUCGAACGAAAUUUAAUUUAUUUGU